AGUGUGCGUUUCGUCACCGUGGGAAGGGAGAAGGGAGCGUGAGUCGGCGCUGAGGGGUCUGAGGGUGACUCACUGCCCUCCCACCCCAUAAAUAGGAGCGGGUAGCCCGGCGGCACCCAGAGCAGACAGCGGGGACCAGCACGGCCACAUCCCUCCUGUCACCGCCGAGCCAUGGCACUGCUCCUGGCCCCGCUUGUCGCCGGGCUGCUGGCCGUCUCCUGCUGGGCAGCCCCUCUCCAGGGCAAGCCGCAGGCUGUUGUCACCUUCCCGGGGGACCUGAUCAGCACCCUGCCGGAUCUACAGCUGGCAGAGCGCUACCUGCAGAGGUUCGGCUACACCACGGAGGCAGAGGCCAAGAUUGGUGGCAAGCAGGUGUCCCUGGGCAAGGCACUGCUCAAAAUGCAGAAGCAUCUGGGCCUGGAGGAGACGGGAGAGCUGGAUGCUGCCACGCUGGAGGCCAUGCGAGCCCCUCGCUGUGGCGUCCCUGACAUGGGAACCUUCCUUACCUUUGAGGGGGACCUCAAGUGGGACCACAUGGACCUGACUUACCGGGUGAUGAACUACUCCCCCGACCUGGACCGUGCCGUGAUCGAUGACGCCUUCAGACGGGCGUUCCAAGUGUGGAGUGAUGUGACCCCUCUCACCUUCACCCAGAUUUACAGCGGCGAGGCAGACAUCAUGAUCAUGUUUGGCAGCCAAGAGCAUGGGGACGGGUACCCCUUCGACGGCAAGGAUGGGCUCCUGGCCCACGCCUUUCCCCCAGGCCAGGGCAUCCAGGGCGAUGCCCACUUUGACGACGAUGAGUUCUGGACACUGGGAACUGGCUUAGUGGUGAAGACCCGCCACGGGAAUGCCAAUGGAGCCGAAUGCCACUUCCCCUUCAUCUUCGAGGGCCACUCCUACUCCCGGUGCACCACGGAGGGGCGCAAGGAUGGGCUGCCCUGGUGCGCCACCACCCCCAACUACGACCGGGAUAAGAAAUACGGCUUCUGCCCCAGCGAGCUCCUCUACACCAAUGGUGGCAACAGCGAUGGAGCCCCCUGUGUCUUCCCCUUCAUCUUCGAGGGCACCUCCUACGAUGCCUGCACCACAGACGGCCGCUCCGAUGGCUACCGCUGGUGUGCCACCACCUCCAGCUUCGACCAGGACAAGAAAUACGGCUUCUGCCCCAACCGAGACACGGCGGUGAUCGGCGGCAACUCCCAGGGGGACCCGUGUGUCUUCCCCUUCACCUUCCUGGGACAGUCCUACAGUGCCUGCACCAGCCAGGGCCGGCAGGAUGGCAAGCUCUGGUGUGCCACUACCAGCAACUAUGACACCGACAAGAAGUGGGGCUUCUGCCCUGACAGAGGUUACAGCAUCUUCCUGGUGGCUGCCCAUGAGUUUGGACACUCACUGGGUCUGGACCACUCCAGCGUGCGUGAGGCCCUGAUGUACCCCAUGUACAGUUACAUCCAGGACUUCCAGCUGCACCCCGAUGAUGUCCAGGGCAUCCAGUACCUCUAUGGUCGUGGCUCUGGCCCCAAGCCCACUGCACCUGCACCUGCUCCCACUGAGGAGCCCCAGCCCCUGCCCACUGAGGAGCCCGAGCCCAUGCCCACAGAGGAGCCUGAGCCCCUGCCCACAGAGGCUGGCAGCACCUCCACCACUGAGGAAGAGGAGGAGACUACACCAGAGCCCACAGUUGGACCCAUUCCUGUGGACCCCAGCCGGGAUGCCUGCAUGGAGAGGAACUUUGAUGCUAUCACAGAGAUCAAUGGGGAGCUGUAUUUCUUCAAGGAUGGGAAAUACUGGACCUACUCAUCCUUCUGGAAAUCGGGCAUCCAGGGUGCCUUCUCUGUUGCUGAUACCUGGCCUGGCCUCCCAGACACCAUCGAUGCUGUUUUCCAGGAUUUGCUCACCAAGAGGGUUUUCUUCUUUGCUGGUCGGCAGUUCUGGGUGUUUUCUGGGAAGAGCGCGCUGGGCCCCCGGGGGAUCGAGAAGUUGGGUAUAGGGAAGGAAGCCGGCCGCCUCUCGGGGGCCCUGCAGCGGGGCCGCGGCAAAGUGCUGCUCUUCAGCGGGGAGAGCUACUGGAGGCUGGAUGUGAAGGUUCAGAGGGUGGAUAAGGGCUACCCCCGUGCCACCGAUGAUGUCUUCACCGGCGUCCCCCUGGAUGCACGCAAUGUGUUCCUGUACCAAGGCAAGUACCACUUCUGCCGGGGCAGCUUCUACUGGAGGAUGACACCGCGCUACCAGGUGGACAGGGUGGGCUACGUCAAGUAUGACAUCCUGCAGUGUCCCCAGAACUGAAGGCCUGACCAGCCACCAGCUCUGCCAGCGCUGCUCCCUGCCCACUGCUCCCAACCUGCGGGCUCCUGUCUCACGGGCAGACCCCUGGGAGCCUUGUGGCUGUGGGUAGCCCCAGAUGAGACCACCAUCUUCCUGGAAGAAAGGGGCAGGGGGUCCUCACCUCCUGGGAGCUGCCCAGCCUGGAGAGCCCCAGCUGGGGAGAAGGACUCUUGCCACAGCUGGCAUUGUGCCACUCCUGCCAGUGCCAGCUUCACUGCACAGAGGCGUUUGUCUGGUGCAAACCGCACAUGGAUUCGAGACAAAUUUGUCUUUUUCCUGAGCCAGCGAUGCCAGGUCAGGCUGAGCCCCACUGGGAGCUGGCGCCUGGGGUCACACCAGGGUGGGACACAGGGUUUUUCCUACUCCUGCCCACUGCCCACUCUGCUAACCACCCCCUCUGCCAAUUGCCUGCCCAUUUGUAAUAAAGACAAUUCUUUGGA